AUGGAGUCGAGACUGGCCAGCGAUCAGCGACCGAAGAACAAAUCCAAGGCGAAAAAACCGGGCGGCACGAGUGAAGAGCGCAAAGCAUUGCUGAAGCUUGAGGCUCUCACACGAGAGCGUAAAAUGGGCACUCGAAAUAACGAACAACUACGGCGUUCCUGGAUGAAAAUAAUGGCCGAAGUUAAGAUUCCCACUAUGGAAGAAGACAUCGAGGUGAGCCGGAACAUAUUUGAACGUACCCUUGACAUUAAGGAUUACAGAGCCCAUUGCCUCGUGGAAGGUCUAGACGACUCUGAAAUUCAAUACAAAAGAAAUAUCGGAGGGCACGUGGGCAUAAUAAAACGGCUAGAAGACAUAUACAACGACAGAUCAACCUCAGGAUAUGAUAACUACAAACGCCAGCUCGAUGGAAUGAUCCAAGAGAGCGAGACGGAUGUCAAGAGGAUCAUAUCCCUGAACGACGAGAGCGAGGGCUUGUUGCAGUCGAUAAUGAAAAGGGAGGAGAAAAUAACCGAAGAGCUUCUGGAGAGCCUUCAAAGCGAGACUGCCUAUAAACUCGACAAUUUACGCGAGGACGGAAGCCACUCGAUUAAGAUGGCGCUCAUCGAUAUAGAGAACAGGAUAAAAUUUUACUGGAAUUCUGUGAACUCCAUAAUAACGAAUUAUUCCAAUGACACGCAUGAACGACGAGUGUCUUACGAGGCUCUCAAGGCGAAAGACACCAAGGACCGGGGAAUAAUAGCGGAUCAGUUGGCGGACACUGCGGAGUUGUACGACGCAAUUCGAAAAUACCAGGAGAAGAUAAAGAAACUGGAAGGGAGCAGCGAAGACACUGCAUUCAAUAUUAAUAUCGAGAGGAAAUUGUCGCGAGAGGCUUACUCAUCAAUGAAGGAGCGCUUUCUCAACGAACAAACGAUUGACAAAACCCAAGUGACACACAUGACGAGGGAGUACAAUCUAACGUUGAAGAGUCUACGGAGAUUAGUGAAGAAAGCACAGAGUGUUCUCGCCUGCAUGCGUAUGUGUAGAAAGUUUGAGGCCCAGGUGGAUAAACUACUUCCUGCUCGGUGGGAUUCAGUAACCGCGGGCCACGCGCGUUUCGACUAUUUUUGGCGUCGAGUGGGAGAGGCUCAAGUCGAGACAAGAGGUCUGAGAGAUGAGAGGACGGCACUCAAGUGGGAGAAUGAGUGCUUAAAGAAACUUGUCAACUCUAGGAUUCAAGGGAGGGGUCUGGGCAUUCGGACACCGAUGCAUUCAGUUUUUAGGGAGGAGAAGAAAGGGGAAGAGGUUUUUUUUCAAGUGGACUUGAUCGACUUGAAAAAGUAAAUGAAUAGAUAACUUUAUUAUUUAUUUAUUUAAAAAAUAUAUAUACGAAAAAUUUAAUUGAAAUUCAAUUCCCCGACAUUUCUUCCUCAAAAACUGAUGCUAAUACUAAUUUUUUCCUCUUCGAUUUUUCUUCCAAUUUCCGCAAUUAAUUUAUUUAGAAAGAAAAAAAAGAUUAUUCAAUAACAAUUUUCUGUGCGUAGGUAUAACAUUACCAAUAAACAAAUUAGAAUGCCAAAUAAUGAUAAUGAUAAUAAUAAUAAAAUAAUAAUAUUAAUAAAUAAAUAAUCAUUUUCAUUGUAGAAGUAUUGUAUAAAAGGAAAACAAUUACCAACACAUUAGAAAAUUUGUAAUCAUUUGUUUUUUAUUCAAAUUCUGUACAAAUGGGACAGUCAUAAUUUCAUCACUUAUAUCAUGGAGUGUAUAUUUAAAAUAUGAGAAAAAAUGUGAGAACGAAGUGAUUUUCAAUGUAAUUUCCAUUGACGUAUCAUCUAUCUGGUUUUUUAUGUACACCUCCACUAGUAUUAUGAAGCCUUUGGAAAGGAUGAAUAAUAAUUAGCGCGACACUUUCUGGCUGUGUGCGAUCUGUGAGAGGAGUUUGCUGCCAGCGAGGAAUGUCACGACUCCCAGACCCAGGAGAUAACGAAGGGUCACGAACAUGUUCAGCUUCAGCCAGAAGAUGCCGAACAGGACGAAAAUACCUGGAACAUUUCCGAGACGUUGAUUCGUUAGACAAAUUCUUUUUCUUAAUAAUAGUCGGUCUUGUUUUUUUUAAUUCU